AUGGCAUCAGAAGACAUAUUUCCACCACCCCAGUCCCAGACGCCUAGACUUCAGGGCAUUCGUUUUGACUAUGACACUGAUAAUCAAAAGAAGACUCCUUUUACAAUUGUGGACUGCAAGCCAUUUCUUUACAGAGACAUUGAGUGUAGGGCCAAAGAAGAGGAUAAAAUAGCUCAACAGAAUUUGAAGGUCCAUGAAAAGAGCACAUUUUCAUCACGAGCAAAGUCUCGAGACUCUGUGAGAAAGAUGGACUCAGUCAUUGAAAGAGAGACCCGGGCUACAAUAGAUAAAGCGUAUAUUACUUCUGGUCCCAACUGGGCUCUUACUUUUGCAAAAUGUUGCCAAAGUGACAAACAGUCUUUAACAGAUUAUAUCAAGGAACAGAAGGAGCUGUUUCUGCUACAGUACACAGUAAAAGUGAAAAAACAAACUAUAAAGAAGCUGGAGAAAUUAGCAAUGCAAGCCGAGAAAGAGGCCAGCUCUGCUGAAGCAAAGCUCCAAGAUGAUACAAUUGCAUUUGAGGAAUUUCUGAAAGAAAACGACCGAAGUUCUGCAGAUGCACUUAAAAUUGCAGCCCAAGAAACAAAAUCUAAAAUGGAAAUGGCAGCAGAUGUAAAGUCUGCUAUUAAUGAACUCUUCGCUAUUAAAAGUGAAAUUGCAAAUGCCGAAUUCCUUCUCAUGGAGAGUUUAUAUUAUGAAGAUUUUUUGAUGAAACUUUCUCCUAAAGAAUGGCAAGAAGAACAGAGAACAAAAAAGUUGAAAGCAAGAAUAGACAAACAGAGAGAAAGAGAGAUCAUGCAGAGAGAAAUGAUUACAUGUGCUUUCACUCCACACCAAGAAAAAGAAAGUGCAUGCAAAGAGAAGAUAAGUUCUUCAAUUCCAUGCCAACCACGCCACGGUUCUAUUUUUUUAAAGCAAAAUAGACUCUAUGCAGCAAGUACAGACAGGCGCGUCAGCUCCUUUGAGAAAAGUGCUGGACACAAUAGGAAAGCAUCAGCUCUAAAAAAUGAACGCAGGUCUUCUAGAAAGCUCACAGAAGCAGACUUGGGUGAAGAAGUGAAAAUGUUAAGUGAGUGGGAAAGCGAAAGUGAUUGUGCAAUUCAUGAAGAUUCCUUGAAAGACUUGGACAUGGAUAUGGUGCCAGAAAUAUAUUUCACAGAUCCAAAGCAGUUACUUCAGAUCUUCACAGAGUUAGAGGAACAAAAUCUUGCAUUAAUCCAAAAUAACCAAGACUUAGAUGAAACUAUGGAUGAACUUGAGCAGAUGGCAAAAAUUAUAAAGGCAAAACUAGACGAAAAAGUAAGUAUUGUUGUAGGACAUAAAGAAAUUCUUAAAGCUGCCUGCAUCAAUGAAGAGGAAAAAUGCACAGAUUUGGCACUAAGAGCUAAAAUGUUUUCUUUUGGAGAGUUUAAUCCAGAAAUCCAGGACAAAAUGCUACAUUCACUUACUAAAAAGGUUGCAGAAGUGUACAGAGUUAGUGUUGGAGAAGUAGACACAUCAAGCAUUAAUUCCAUUCAGAUGUUGAGGAGAAUAGAGAAUCGAAUUGAAGAACUGUGUGAAUUGUUGGAGUCAGUUCCAAAAGAAAAUAUUGAAGCAAUUGAGAAAAUUAAGAUGAAAGACAGAAGGCAAAGGUUACGUGAAGAAAAAAAGAAACAAGAAACGAAACUUCAGGAAGAACGACUGCAGUGUUCUCUGAAAAGAGCAAUUGCAGCACCAAAGAAGAAGAUGGGAAGAAAGCUGGUAUUUCGCUCACAGCCUCCAGAGAUUAGAAAGAAGGAGGUGUGCCUGAAAGAGAUCAACACAAAAAUGCAAGAUGAUAUGUUAUUUUUCACUUGAGUUUAAAAGUAGUUGUACCUCCUUAAAGGGGGUGUUGCAGGUAUAUCUUCCUACUUAGUUCAUCUAGAGCAAGAGAUUAAUAUUCUGUGCUGUAGUUUAACAGAAUUUACAAACAAAGAGGAGUUAUCACUAACAUGCAGGGAUCCAUAGUGUAAGUAGUAAACCUACUUUGUACAUCAGAUGUGAAAAAAAAAACCAGAAUGUCUUCACUGCUUGUUCUGUAACACCUAUUACCACUAUCAGCAGAGAAAAAUGCCAUUCCCAUAACUACUUCAGUACACUCCAGUGUAGUCAGCUUAGAAAGACAGCUGUUUGCAACAGUAAAAAAAAGCCUCAUUGACUUUUGAGCUGUUCUAUAAUAUGACUGCAGUGCAAUGAAAGAGAUAGGACACCCUUUGCUACAUAAAGUGAUUUGCCACAAUCCUGUUGAUAUGCACAACUUUAAAGAUAAAAUUUACCAUGAGAAGCCACUUAGAUGCAAGAGUUCACCUUUAAGAAUAAAGUAGUAAACAUAUUAGUAUUUUAAAAUGUCAUUUCAUCCUAUCAACUAUGUAAUCUUAUUUCAGUUUCAGACUGAAAGAUUUCCUCUCUAGCAUUAAUCUUGUAACAAUCUUUAAAAAGUUUGACUUUAAAUUAGAUGAGUUUAUAUAGU